GGUUAACACCUACAUGUAUUAAUCUAAUUUUUAUUUUCAGAUUAAAUUUUUUGUUUCCAAAAUGGCACUUGUGUCACCGAUCCUUAAAAGUUUGAGUCAAAUUUCUCUGCUAGGUGCAUUUCCAGGAGGAUGUUCAAAAUUUCAAAAUUACUUAGCAAAUGUUGAUUUGUUUUCAACGUUUUACCAGCAACGGAAUUUAAGUUCUCCUGCAGAAUGGCAACAUGCUGUGAGUGCUGCAGAAAAGUUAGUGGGGUACCCGACUUCAUAUUUAACCCUGCGCUCCCUGCUUUCCGAUGAGAUGAGUAACAUUGCCACACAUCUCAGGAAACUCAUUGCCACUACGCAUCCUCUUGUGGAUACAGCCAAACAGCUGGUACUGGAAGGACCUCAGUCAGCCCUGCAGACCCGAGGUCUGCUCGUGCUGCUGGUCAGCAAGGCCGCUGGUCUGGCCGAGUCUGCCGCCGCCAAAACAUUGCCCCAAGAAUUGGCUGCUGGGCUCAUUCACAGUCAGAGGAGUUUAGCUGAGAUCACCGAAAUGAUCCACACAGCUGAACUGAUCCACAAAGGCGUUGUCAACAUCCACACCACGGCUGCUGAUCCAUCUGCUGAAGAAUCUACUUCACCAUCUUCCUCAUCCAGCUCAGCUGAUGGCUCAGAUUACCAGCUGGGCAACAAGCUGGCUAUCUUGUGUGGAGACUACCUCCUGGCUAAUGCUUGUAAAGCUCUGGCUGUGCUUCAUAACUCUCAGGUAGUAGAGCUCGUGAGCUCGGCUAUAUCAGACUUCACGACAUCAGAGUUCCUAGGCGAGCGAGAUGACCUCGGCCGGCCUGUGCUGCACCCUGCCGCUGACCUCGCCUUCUGGCGCACUAAGACCUCCCUUGCUGUUGGUUCACUGCUCGCCAAGUCCUGUAAGAGCGCCCUGUUGCUAGCAGGACAUUCAGACUUAGCUACGCUGGACCUCGUAUAUUCCAUCGGCCAUCAAACAGGACUUGCGUGGCAAGGCAGCUUAGAACUCGCACCUUUCCUCUCUAAGCAAAGUUACUCAAUGAAAACUAAGUACAUUUGCCCUCAAAUUAACUCUAGUUACCCUGAAAAUUCUCUUGGAAAUUUCACUGUGAAUGAAAUACCGGAUUUCAAACCUAAGUCAUCAGUUGAUGGAAAACCUGAAGUCUCUUUCAACAAACAUGACGGGCAUCUCGAUUCCAGCUACUUUACCCCUAGCGAAAAACGUUCGGCUUCUAGAGGGAUUACUUCUGAGCCUAGAAAGACGUCUUCACGAACACAAGCUACGUCACGAAUAGACCUGACGUCCCUGCCUGUAGUGGCCCACGUACAACAUCUUCGUGAGGUAGACCCUGCGGGUCUAGAGGCGUUCGUCGAGGCCGUGCGACGACAGAGCGGCGACGGCGGAGAUGUUGACGCGAUGGUGGUGCAGGAGGUGACAGCAGCUGGUGCAGGCGUGCAGAUGGCACGGCAGGUGGUGCAGGAGCACUGCCAGGAGUCCCUACGUCUGCUACAGUUGCUGCCUCCUACGGAAGCACGAUCAGCGCUGAGUAACAUCCUCCGCGCUCUGGUGGUUCAUCACUGAAGCUGCCCACGCUGCGCCCCUCCUUAUAUACCCUCGCCUUAGCCUUAACUUUUGAUAAGAGCUUG